GUACCCGAUCCAGUUUCGUACCGGCCACCAUAUUGUCCGCCGGUACGUUUACCUAGUUUGUUUUCGCGUUCGCGGUUGUGUAAAACAAAAGCGAAAAACGCUUUCUCGUACGCGUGGAGGUUAUAAUCUAAUAUCUCUGUCAACUGUAUUUUGCACUUAUGGAGGCUUCAGGUCUGCCGUCACCGGCUGAUUCUUCUAGUCAACAACAGGAAGCGUUUGCACACACCCACAAGGAAGAAUGGCUAUCGGAUUCGGACAGUCAAAACACUAUUAUUUGCAGCACGACUAGUUCGUCGCCCGGGCCCUCUUCGUUGUUGUCCACAUCUACCGGUGGAGGCCAAAAGGCCGGUUCGUCCAAAGCCAAGCAGGGCGGUCGAUCUAAAGACACGCCGGCCGGACAAAAACCCGCUCAAGUGGUAGCCAGACGGAACGCGCGCGAAAGACGCCGAGUGCAAGCGGUCAACUGGGCAUUUGCUAGACUCCGAAAAGUUGUUCCGCUAGAGGAAAACAAGAGUAAAAGGAUGAGUAAAGUCAAGACCCUACAAAUGGCCAUUGAAUACAUUAACCAACUGCAAGGAGUUCUAUCUCUGCAGCAGAGUCCACUGCAUAAUAAUCACCCCGAACCCGAACAUCACCAAUUGCUAACAACGGCUGACAUCAAUCUGUUCUCCGACAUACAGUACAAGAUCGAACCCGGUGAGCUCCAAUUCCGCAUGCCUCCCAAUUUCUACACCCAACUAUUGACUGACCAUCAAAAUUGACUUGGAAAAUCUUCAUGCGAUUUUUUUUAAAUUUUUCGUUCAUUGUGUAUUAUUAAAAUUGAAAAUAAUUGUCUACUGGCUUAAAUCAAUCAUGAACAAUGAGAGUCUCAAGCCUAUUUGUUUCUUUUAUUAUUAAUAACAUUAUUAUUAUUAUUAUUAUUAUUAUUAUUAGACAAUGAUAUUUUGUUUUUGUCGCGGUAAAUUUUCUUCUAAACAUGUUAUUGCCCCUUUACAACAGAUUAUUAUUAUUGAGGUGGUCAAAUACUGUAAUAAUUACAAAUUGUUUUAUUCGAAUUUCAACAUUCAUUUUU